AUGGAUCCUCCGGCGAAUCCUUUUGCAUCUCGAGAGCAAGAUACAGUAACUAUUUUAAGAAACCUGAUUAAGCAAGCUACUUUGGAGGAAGAAGUCUCUGAAGCUUCAGAGACACAUUCUGUUCCGAACAAAAUCAGAAUUUUAGAGUCAGUGUCGGACGAAAUGAGGAAAUCGCAGGAGAACGGUAGUGAUCAGAAACAGUUGAGUGAGGAAGACGAGAUUGAUAUUCUGGAUUCAAAAGCCAUGAGCUUUUCUUUUAGUUGUCACGGUGGUGGGCCAAAGCGGAAGAAAUGUAACGAUAAGAAACGUAAGCAGCAAGAAGAGAAGUCUAAGAAGAAGCUCAAGGUACUUGUUGAAACAUUAAAGCUUGUACCUUUCAAGCCAUUAAAAACCCUAGAUUUUGCUUGUUAUGAGAGUCUCUUAAAGACUCUCGGAUUGUGGGAUUUUGUGCAUUUGGAAUUUGAUCAGGAUAUGGAUUAUGAUCUUGUGGCUCAACUUAUAGCUUCCUAUAGUGCUGGAGGUAAGUGCAGCUAUAUAAACGGGUCUAGGAUUAAACUUAGUCGUGCGGAUUUGGCUCGAUCUUUGAAGUUGCCUAAUAAGAAAGAACGUGUUGUCAUUCUUGAUGAGGAUAAGGAAUUUCUGGAAUCAGAUGAAUCAAUCAGUGUUGUUGAAGAUGUUAUCUCUAAUUGGAUGCUACUGCAUUGUGAUGAUGCGUGGAUGAUGCCAGAUGAAGUGGUGGAAUGGAUGAAAGGUAUAAAGAAAAAGCAAUUGGAUAAGCUGGACUGGGCUGGACUGAUGUGGUUUAUGGUUGAGAAAGAGUUGAAAGCGGAGCCUCCACUCGGGGAUUGUUUCUAUGCGUCGCAUUUGCAGAUGGUCAUUAGAUCACAGAAAAUAGAUCUGUUUAAGGAGAGGGAUUUGAAGGUAAAGGAUGAUAUUGCUGCUUUGAAUCUAGGAAUGGAUGAUGGAGCCACUGACUCAAAGAAAGAAAACUGUGUGGAGGAAAGUACGACCAAACUGAAUCUUGGGCAAGUGAUUGUGUCCGAAAUGGCUGCUACGAUGGAGCUUUAUCAUGAGGAACAAGCAAUUGAUCUUGAGGAAAACAAGGAACAACCAAUGGAUCUUAAGGAAGCCAAGGAAGAAGGAGAUGAAAUGGAAUGGAGACAGCCAUAUGAAAAGAACGGAACAAGACAUAGGAAAGUGGGAGAGAAUGAGAUACUUGAAGAUGAAAUUGAGAAAGAUGGAGAAAAGCAAGAAGGAGGGUUUUUAUUGUUUCGGAACGGUAAAACACUACACCAGGAAAAUCUGAUGUUGGGAGAUACAUCUACAUUAGGUUAUAAUUCUGGGCUACAGGUUCAUGGCAGUUCUACUUGUGAUUUCCUGGCACCUAGAGCUGUCAUGCAUAUGGUUCCAGGUCGUUCUCAUUUUGGGAAUGAUAACAAGAGAGAGUUUGGUCACGAGAAUGAUAUUUCAUACCAUUUUGAUAACCCUGCUAGUACUAAGAGGUUGAAGACACCAUCUUGGGAUGACAAGCCAGUUCCUUUUGACAUUUGCAUGGAGCAGAUUAAGCACUUGGCAGAUAAGGCUAAGUUAUCAUAUGUCGAGAAAGACCAAGCUUGUGGAGAAUCGAACAUGAGGGAACAAAUGUUGCAAAAUGAACUGCAAAGGAGGGAAGACAUAAUUCAGCAAUUGCACAAAGAAAGUUAUGAAGAGCUACACAAGAAGAACGUAGAGAUCUAUAAGCUUGAAAAUGAACUUCGUAUGAUGACAAGUGUAUUAGCCUGGUACCAGAAAGCUUUAAAAGAAUCACAGAAGGCAUGUAGAAAGCACAGGAAAGUUUGCCCUUUGCUUGAUAAACCGAUAUACAUAGAUGUUAAAGGUACUGGAGGUUUAGUAUUGAGCACUGCUGAAAUCGAGAAGCUAAGAUUGAAAGAAGAAAAAGAAGAGGGGAUGAGACGAGUUCUAAUAGAGAGACAAGUAAAAGAAGUUGGAAGUCUCUGGAUUAAAGAGUAUGAAGUGAACCUUAAGAAAAAAGUAGAGUUGCUUGACGGGAAGCUGAUUGGGUUUCAAAAUAAGAUGAAGCUCUUGAAAGAAACAAUUUCAAGACGCGAAUCUAUAUCUGCAAGAUUUGAUGCAACAUCAAACACUUGA